AUGUUAACAAUUUCUUUGAUCUGGGGCAUUGCUGUGGCAAUAUGCUGUUGUUUAUGGCUUAUUAUUGGAAUAAGGAGGAGGCGUAUAGGAGAGCCACCUCUGGACAAUGGGCUAAUUCCAUAUGUAGGCUGUGCUCUGCAGUUUGGAGCCAAUCCUCUCGAAUUCCUCAGGACAAAUAAAAGGAAAUAUGGUCAUAUUUUUACAUGCAAACUAAUGGGAAAAUAUGUGCAUUUUAUUACCAAUCCUUUUUCAUACAAUACAGUAAUGCGGCAUGGAAAAUAUUUUGACUGGAAAAAAUUUAACUUUGCUGUCUCUGCAAAGGCAUUUGGCCACAGAAGCAUUGAUCCCAGUGAUGGAAAUACUACUGAAAAUGUACAUGAGACUUUCACUAAAACCUUGCAGGGGGAUGCCUUGAAUUCCCUCACUGAAGCCAUGAUGGAAAAUCUACAGUAUGUCCUGAGGCCACCAGUUCUUUCCAAAACAAAUUCUGAUAGCUGGGUAACAGAAGGCAUGUAUUCCUUCUGCUACAGAGUGAUGUUUGAGGCUGGUUAUUUGACUCUCUUUGGCAAAGAUCUUACAAGGCAAGAAGCACAGAGAACAUUCAUCCUAAAUAACCUUAAUAACUUCAAGCAAUUUGACAAGAUCUUCCCAGCCUUGGUAGCAGGGAUUCCAAUUCACAUGUUUAAAAAUGCUCACAAUGCAAGGGAGAAAUUGGCUGAAGCUCUGAAGCAUGAAAAUCUACAGAAGAGAGAUAAUAUCUCAGAACUGAUCACUACUCGUAUGUUCCUGAAUGACACCCUCUCAACUUUUGAUGACAAGGAGAAGGCGAAAACUCACCUGGCUUUACUUUGGGCAGCUCAAGCUAAUACACUCCCUGCCACUUUCUGGUGCUUAUUUCACACAAUUAGGAGUCCAGAAGCAAUGAAGACAGCUACAGAAGAAGUCAGAAAAGCUUUAGAAAAUUCUGGCCAAAAAAUUAGCUUUGAAGGCAAACCUAUAAGCCUGACUCAAAUGCAACUAAAUGACAUGCCAGUGCUAGAUAGUAUAAUCAAGGAGGCUUUACGACUUUCUAGUGCAUCCUUGAACAUCCGAGCUGCUAAAGAGGAUUUCACUUUGCACUUAGAGGAGGGAUCCUAUAAUAUCCGAAAGGAUGAUAUAGUAGCUCUUUAUCCCCAGCUGCUGCACUUAGAUCCAGAAAUCUACCCCGACCCCUUGGUUUUCAAAUAUGACCGUUUCCUCAAUGAAAAUGGAAAACCAAAGACCAGCUUCUAUUGUAAUGGCAUCAAGUUAAAAUAUUACUAUAUGCCUUUUGGAUCAGGACUGACAUUGUGUCCUGGAAGAUUGUUUGCUGUCCAUGAAAUGAAGCAAUUUUUAAUUCUGAUGUUUUCGUACUUUGAAAUGCAGCUUAUUGAUAGUCAAGUUAAAUGCCCUCCUCUAGACCAGUCUCGUGUGGGUUUGGGCAUUUUACCACCAACAAAUGAUAUUGAUUUCAAAUACAAACUAAAACACUGAUGAUUGUAUUACUGAUAGAAGAAGGGAGCACUGGGUAAUCUUACAUGUCCAAAGAAAGCCACUGCCCCCAACAAGCCUGAUGGCAGGCAGAAUGAACAAUGCUAGGUUACAGUAGGAAGAGCACAGGCUUUGGAGCUGGAUCUGUAUUUGAGCCUCAGUUCUGCUUUUUACUACUUGUUUGACCAUUAGCAAGUUGAUUAAUCACUAUAGGACUCAAUUUCCUCAUUUGCAAAAUGGGGAAGGGAUAUUGCACUAAAUGAUUUCAAAGUUCCCUUCUCACUUUAGAUUUGUGCCACAAGGUGGCCUCAAGGGUUUCACUAGUUCUGUUUUUAUUUACUAGUACUUGCUAAUAAAGUAUGACA